CCUGAGCUUGGAGCACUUCGCCCCGCCCACUGCCUUGCUCAGAAUUUGGAGAAGAGGGGCGGGGGCAAGGGCGAUCUCCUCCAAUCCAGAGAGGCGACAUCUCCUCAUCAGCACCAGCACGCAGAAGCAGACGCAUCUUCUCCCGUCUUCAUGUUCUGACAAAUAUAUAAGGCUGGGAUAUCAAAGCCACCGUUCAGGAGGCGAUCUCCGAUCCGUGUGCCAUGUAAAUCUGCUGGAUUCCUGACAUCUUCAUCACGGUCCAUGCACCGUACCGGAGGGGGGUGAAGAGGGGCGUUGGAUGCUGUAAUUAGCUCUCUCCUAAUGAGCAUACACACGGCAAGAAGGAGGAUGCAGCUUUUACAUCUCUGCAAGGUCAGGAUCGCCCAUUGAUAGCAGCUUCCUUCCACGGCGCUGACUGCUACACAGCCCUUUCCUUUGUCACAACAGCCAGGACAACCUUCCACGGCUUUCGUUGUUGGUUGCAAGUUGUCUCCAGACCCCAACUAUAUUAAUGAAGUUCCCCUUUAAGGUUCGAAGCUAUGCCUGUUCCUGAUCAACCAUCAUGCUCAGAAAAAUCUAGUUCAUUAAGCCCAGUGAUGAAUACAACAAACGGUGAUGGUUCUGAAACUGAAACCACUUCAGCUAUACUAGCAUCUGUCAAAGAACAGGAGUUGCAGUUUGAAAGACUUACUCGAGAACUUGAAGCUGAACGUCAGAUUGUUGCCAGCCAGCUAGAAAGAUGCAAGCUUGGAUCAGAAACUGGCAGUAUGAGUAGCAUUAGCUCAAUGGAUGAGCAGUUCCGCUGGCAAACACAAGAAUGGUACCGAAAGGACAUAGAAGAUGAGCUGACCACGGGUUUAGAACUUGUCGAUUCAGGCAUUAGAUCCUUGCAGGAGUCUGGCAUACAUGAAACACAAGACUUUUCAUCAAGUGAAAGGCCCAGCCUGCUAUCCCAGAGCGCACUUCAGCUCAGUUCUAAACCUGAAGGAUCUUUCCAGUAUUCAUCAAGCUACCAUAGCAACCAAACCCUUGUUGGGGAAACUUCUACAUUGCAAUUCCCGAGCCGCAGCAAUCAAGCCAGAUCAGCCAUUCAGAGCUAUAACCAAGGUACAAAUAGAGUAACUCAUUCAUCUGGAUCUGAAACCUCCCAAUCACAUGCUGCCUCUCAGUCAAGAGACUUUGUGCCAAGCCAUGGGAGUGCUUUCCAUUUGCCUGAUUCUCAGCAUUCUUCAGCAAUUUUUUAUUCAAGUUCAACUUUACCGGCACAGAGAGUAAGCUCUCCUUUGUCAAUGCAUCAAGUAGGAUCUCCAACAAAACUCCAAAGGGUGGGUUCUUCCUCUGAGAGUACUGGUUACAGCACCAUACAAAGAGUUUCUUCUCCAAAACAGUCUCCUAGUCGUCUUGCCAAAUCUUAUAGCACCAGUUCACCUAUCAACAUAGUUGUAUCAUCUGCUGGACUGUCUCCUUCAUCAGUCCGUGUAACCUCUCCGCCAACCAUUCAGUCUAAUAUAACUUCUUCACCUUUGCAUCAGUUGAGCUCAACCAUUGGUACAUAUGCUACGUUAUCACCUACAAAACGUCUAGUUCUUUCUUCUGAUCAAUACAAUAAGCAUACACAAGAUCUGUAUGCCACAGCUACAUUACAAAGACCUGGCAGCUUAGCAGCAGGAUCUCGAACAUCUUAUACUAGUCAGCACAGCCACCUGGGCCCAGAACUAAGGGCUUUACAAUCCCCUGAACAUCAUAUAGAACCCAUUUAUGAAGACCGGGUUUACCAGAAGCCACCUAUAAGGAGCCUCAGCCAAAGCCAGGGAGAUCCAUUACUACCAGCACACACUGGUUCAUAUUGCAACAAUACAGCCCCAUGUUCCCCUGGUGUCGACUCCGUACCUUUGCAGCGCACAGGCAGCCAACAUGCCUCUCAAAAUGCAACAGGGACCUUCCAGAGGGCCAGCUAUGCUGCAGGCCCAGGCUCCAAUUACGCAGAUCCAUACCGACAGCUGCAGUAUUGUCCAUCUGUUGAUUCACCCUACAGCAAAUCAGGGCCAGCAGUACCACCAGAGGGAACAUUAGCCAGGUCACCAUCCAUUGAUAGCAUUCAAAAAGAUCCAAGGGAGUUUGGCUGGCGAGAUCCAGAACUUCCUGAAGUAAUACAAAUGUUGCAGCAUCAGUUCCCUUCUGUUCAGUCAAAUGCAGCUGCCUAUCUGCAGCACCUGUGCUUUGGAGAUAAUAAAAUUAAAGGAGAGAUAAGAAGACAAGGAGGGAUUCAGUUGUUAGUAGAUCUUCUAGAUCAUCGUAUGACAGAUGUUCAUCGAAGUGCCUGUGGGGCACUUAGGAACUUAGUAUAUGGUAAAGCAAAUGAUGACAACAAGAUUGCACUGAAAAACUGUGGUGGUAUUCCAGCAUUGGUACGGCUACUUCGAAAAACCACAGAUUUGGAAAUCAGAGAACUUGUUACAGGAGUCCUGUGGAACCUGUCAUCAUGUGAUGCCCUUAAAAUGCCAAUUAUUCAAGAUGCCCUCGCAGUGUUGACCAAUGCAGUGAUUAUCCCUCAUUCAGGGUGGGAAAACACUAUCUUACAGGAUGAUCGUAAAAUACAGUUACAUUCAUCACAGGUGCUGCGCAAUGCCACUGGGUGCCUAAGGAAUGUGAGUUCUGCUGGAGAAGAGGCACGCAGAAGAAUGAGAGAGUGUGAUGGACUAACUGAUGCCUUGCUGUAUGUCAUCCAGUCUGCACUAGGAAGCAGUGAAAUAGAUAGUAAGACCAUUGAAAACUGUGUGUGCAUUUUAAGGAACCUCUCUUACCGUCUAGCUGCAGAAACUUCUCAGGGACAACAAAUAGGAACUGAUGAACUUGAUGGAUUACUUUGUGGUGAAACAAUCAACAAGGAUGCUGAAAGUUCAGGAUGCUGGGGAAAGAAGAAGAAGAAAAAGAAAUCUCUAGACCAGUGGGAUGGAGUUGGACCUUUUCCUGAUUGUGUAGACCCGCCAAAAGGAAUCCAGAUGCUAUGGCAUCCAUCAAUAGUUAAACCCUACCUCACACUUCUUUCUGAAUGCUCAAAUCCAGACACUUUGGAAGGUGCAGCUGGAGCAUUGCAGAACUUGGCUGCAGGAAGCUGGAAGUGGUCUAUAUAUAUUCGUGCUGCUGUUCGGAAAGAAAAAGGACUGCCAAUUUUGGUGGAGCUCCUUCGAAUAGACAAUGACAGAGUGGUGUGUGCUGUUGCUACAGCUUUACGGAAUAUGGCCUUAGAUGUUAGAAAUAAAGAACUAAUAGGCAAAUAUGCCAUGAGAGACCUGGUUCACCGUCUUCCUGGGGGGAACAACUGCAACACCAUUUCUAGCAAGGCUAUGUCUGAUGACACUGUCACUGCUAUAUGCUGCACCCUACACGAAGUUAUAACUAAAAAUAUGGAAAAUGCCAAAGCCUUACGAGAUGCAGGAGGCAUUGAAAAGCUUGUUGGAAUUUCGAAGAGCAAAGGAGACAAGCAUUCGCCAAAAGUUGUGAAGGCAGCAUCUCAGGUUCUUAACAGCAUGUGGCAGUACAGAGACCUCAGAAAUCUUUACAAAAAGGAUGGAUGGUCCCAGUACCAAUUUGUAGCAUCAUCAACCAUUGAAAGAGACCGGCAAAGACCUUAUUCUUCCUCUAGGACACCAUCCAUUUCUCCAGUUCGCAUGUCACCUAACAAUAGAUCAGCAAGCGCACCUGCAUCCCCCCGGGAAAUGAUCAAUCUGAAAGAAAAGAAAGCAGACUUUGAAACAACUGGGUCAAAUGCCACAUACAAAGGGGAGCACACAUCUAGAAAGGACACAAUGCCAGAUCAAAACACCGGAUGCUCAACCUUAUAUAGAAAUUCGUUUGGUCCACCUGCCGACGAUAUCAAACACAAUCAGAUUUCUACACAACCAGUUCCACAAGAAUCUAGUAGAAAAGACUUUGAAGCCUAUCAACCUUUUCAGAACUCAACAAGAAAUUAUGAUGAUUCCUUCUUUGAGGAUCAGGUGCAUCACCGCCCUCCCGCAGCAGAGUACAAUAUGCAUCUGGGAUUAAAGUCAACUGGAAAUUAUGUUGACUUUUAUUCUGCGGCUCGCCCCUAUAGUGAACUAAACUACGAAACAAGCCACUAUCCGGCCUCCCCUGACUCCUGGGUUUGAGACGCAGAUCCAGGAAUCUGUGCAUGUGCAUGCCUGACUUAAGACAUUUUCCUUGCAAAAAUUUAGUUUAUUAAGCCUGUUCCUUAGAAAGACCCUAAUUACUGUUGUGGAAAUUGGUUAUGGUGUUUUAGAAGGCUAAUGUAUUGGAAACUAAUACUUCAUAGGACAUUGUAAUUAAGAUAAGCUAAUGUUUAUUAAUAACAGGUAAGUUCAAAUUUUCAGAUGAAAGUAGUUGCAACUUUGUAAAACAGAAGGUAGCUGCAAUUAUGUAACAUAGUUUGCAACAAUUUGAGCGGUGAGCCCAGAGUAUAAGUAAUUGACAACUGGGAGUGCAAAUGCAGGGUAUGGCACACAGGCAUACAAUGAAUGAGGAUAGAUGGUGGGGUAACGUAGCAUAGGUGGCACAUAAAGCACAAGAAUGAAAGUUUACACAACCUAUGGGGAACAGUUCACAUUUUGUUUACUAUCCUCAUUGUGAAUUAGGCUUCAAGCUGCAUUUACGGUUCCUCUCUACUGCAAGAUAUUUCUUGCUUUUUGUUACUGCUUUGUUGUAAAGUAUUUGAUGUACAUUAAGAUAAAAAAUAGUGCAUUGUGUAUAUUACACCAAUGCCACAGUGUUUCUUCAUCAGUGGUCCUAGAUAUUGCUUCAGUUUCCAAUUUUUUAAAAAAAGAUGCAAGGAAAUAUUUGUUUUUCUCUGCCCAGUAAGUUUUAAUAUGUUACAACAACACCAACAAAAGACUAAUGCUCUUUAGCAGUAUUGUAUGGUCUGAUAUGUGAAUUUGUGUGUGGUAACUAAACAAAGCAUUCAGUAAUGUCUGACAAAUAACAUCAUUCUACACUCUUUGUCAAAAAAAAGUGCUUUUUCACUGCCUACAAUUUUACAUGUAGAUAUUUGAAAUAGAUUUUUUUUCAUUUUUACCAGUUUUCUUUAUGAUGAUACAGUGUUAAAAUAAAUGAUAAUUAACCUGUCAUUCACACUCGCCAUACAUGUCUAUUUACAAAAUAGAAACUAACAGAGAUCCGUCUGCAUGUGCGUGAAUGUUUUUCAUUGUUUGUGUGACUGCAUUAUUCUUUGACAUUUCCUACAUUUUAUUUAGUUAAAAUGGAAUCCACUUAUGAACAUGUGGUCAACAAUGCUUUAGGCAUUGCAUUAAAAAAUACUACAUGUUCUAAAGCAACUUAUACGUCACCUUUCUUUGUACAGUGCAUGGAUCACAUUGAGUAAUCAUCAAAUGUUCUAUGUCAUUUUCUGUGAUCUAUGUAUAUUGGCUACUAUGUGCCUUAGAGCUGUGAGUAUGUCAAACAUACCUUAUUAUUGUACUACAGUUAUGUUUAUUUGUGAAAUCUUGUAAAUUGAGAACUAACAUAGUGGAAAUAUAUUCAUUACUCAUGACAUGGGAAAAAUGGUUGGUAUGUGUAUAUACACUUUCUUUUAAUGUUCCUUGCAUAGAAAGAUAAGCAUGGGAACAAAACACAUCCAUACAGUACAUCAUUUUAAUAUAAAACAUUACAUGGACGAUAAAUCAUCUAAAGUUUGUCAAAAUUAAUUUCUUAAUAGAAGUUCACUGUAUGUAGGUUAAUGGCUGACAGAAAUGUGGAGCAAAAUAUGCUAUCUUGAAAAAUAUGUAAGUUUUACUUUAUAGUGAUUUGCUUGGUUUCUUAAAAUGUUAAUUGUCUUUGAAAGACUGCAUUACAGUUUUUGUGUUUACUUUUCCAGUAGAAGGAUAAUGUCUAUUUUGUGAUAUUUUUCUAUCAAAGCAUAACAUAGAAAACAACCAUUUAUGUUAAAAUUCUGGGCUUUAAAUUCUGGACAAAGUAGAUGAUCUAACCAAAAUAAACCCCACUUAGAACUUCAACACUUUCCAUUUUCAACAAAGUCCCAUACAUUUGAACAGCUGACACUGGACAAUGCUGGGACAUUUAUGGCUAUAAGAAUGCUAAAUAUUUGCUCUGUCAGAGGAGUACCAGUCAUGUUGCUAAUGAAUCUAGCAUGCAGUGCACUAAUGCUACAUAUUGCUGUCAAUGCAGUCUCUCUAUUGAUCUCCUGGAUGGCCAGGGGUAUAUUGUGCCUUCCUGAUUGGAAUCAUUCCAGUCAGUUGGCUUUAAAUGAUUUUGUUUUUAAUCUUUUUUUUUUUCACUGAUUUUUUACAAAGUGCUUGGCUGCAAUAUAGCAAUAAAGGGUAGACAGAUACAGUA